AUUUUGGGAUGCACAUAUUUCGGAGAGUGGAGUGGAUGCGCCCAGUCCGCCAGUCUGUUCGGUUCGGUUCGCCGAGCUUACAUCUUGGGAACUGCUCAGUGGCCCGGGUCUCACUCUGCGCCUCCGCGGCCUCCAGGGGCGCUACCUCCAACAGGCACUACCACACAGCGCGCACCAUGGUCCUGGUGACCGACGUCCUGGUGCUGGCCGCCCUGGGCGGCGUCGCCACGCUGCUGGCCCUGUUCCUGCAGAAGUACUGGCACUUCCGCAAGCUGGAGCUCGCCAUCCCCGGGCCGCCGUCGCUGCCGCUCCUCGGCAACACCAUGGACUUCGUGAACGCGACCCCCGACACCGUGCUCAAGACAGUACGCCGCUUGACCGGCGGCAUCGGCGGCCAGCACAAGCUCAGCCGCUUCUCCCUCAUGAACCACCUGGUGGUGUUCGUCAACACCGCCGAGGGCGUCGAGUGCUUGGUGCGCCACCCGGACUUCAAGAGCAAGGCCCAGUUCGCCUACCACCUGCUGGACAACCGGCUGAGCCUGCUGCAGCUGGUGGGCGCUGAGUGGCGCGCGCGGCGAAAGGCCCUGGAGCUCGGCUUCAACAAGAACGUCCUCAACAGCUUCAUGGAGACCUUCAACGAGGAGGCCAAGGGCUUCGUGGACCGCGUGGUCACCGGCAUGCCCGUGGACGUGACCGAGCCCCUGAGGGAGGCCAUCUCCAGGAACUUCCUCCAGACCUCCAUGAGCACGAACAUGGAGCAAGAGGCCAGGCCGUACAUGGACUUCCUCGAACAGUUCCUCCGCACCUCCAACCAGCGCGCCUUCAACCCGCUGCUGUGGUCAGACCGCCUGUUCUACAUGACGCCGUCGGGCAAGAAGGUGCUCAAAAUGAAGACUGGAGUCCACGCGCUCAUCAGCAGGGGCCUCGCGCAGAAGAAGAAGGAAGCGAGAUGCCGGGACAGCGAGCACCGGGACCGGGCGCGGAGGGUGCUCGCCGACAUCCUGCUGGACUUGCACGACAGGGGCGACAUCUCGGAGGACGUCGUAAUAGACGAGGUCAAGACGUUCUUCAGCGCCACCGUGGAGACGACGGUGUCCACGCUCAGCUCGGCGCUCAAGGUGCUGUCCAUGUACCCCGAGGUGCAGGAGCGCGUGUUCUCCGAAGUGGACGCCGUGCUCGGGGACAGGGACGUCACCACCGAGGACCUGCCGCGGAUGAAGUACCUCGACUGCGUGGUCAAGGAGGUGCUGCGCAUGUUCCCGGCGCUGCCGCUCGUCGGCCGCCAGUCGCCCCGAGAGACCGAGCUGUGCGGCCACGUCAUCCCGGCCUACAGCACCGUCAUCCUGAACCUCCAGGGCGUGCACUUCGACCCCCGGCACUGGCGCGACCCGCACGUCUUCGACCCGGACCGCUUCCUGCCCGAGAACAGCCAGGGCCGCCACCGCUGCGCCUUCGUGCCUUUCAGCAUCGGCAGCCGCAACUGCAUCGGCGGCAAGUACGCCAUGAUGGUGGCCACCACCUUCCUCGCCGUCGUCGUCCGGGCCUACAGGGUGCUGCCCGUGCGGGACCACGAAGACAUCCAGAGCCUCCUGGACAACCUGGCCUUCGACCUGGCGAGCAGGCUCGUGGGGGGCACCAGGGUCGUCUUCCAGCCCAGAGGCCGAGGCAGUGGCUUCGCGGCCGCGUCACACAGUUCGCAAGAAUACAAGCUCUGACUUCGACCCUGAAAUUUCGGGGUCCAGUUUCAAGUUGCAUAUUUAAAAUAUUUUAAAUUACACAUGCGCGAAUCCAGUACGGGGGAGACGGCUGGUUCAGGCCAGAUGACGGAAUAGUGAAUAAAAGGAAAAGUUGA